GUACUCCUUGCAUCCGUCUGAAGGCGCGUGCAGCUGUUGUAUUUGUAACGGAAUUAGUCAGCGAUCAAUAUAUAUUAAUAAGUGCUCUAUAGGUAUUAUAUUAGAUGUGUAAUAGUAUAAAAGGUCCAAGUCUUCUCGUGUAGACAGACUGCUCAAUAUUGUCUACGACAAUCAACGUUAGCUCAAACUCGAUAUAGCUUUGUUUAAUUAGAACCCAACGUUUGAACAAGUCCUCUUUGACUUCCGCAUCUUCUUACAUUAUGGCUGAAGCGAAUCAGUCUGGCAAAGUCCUUUCGCCUUCUUAUCUUGCACACGUUGUGCUUAGGACAGGGCGGUUCAAGGCCGUGGUUGAGUUUUAUAAGGUCUUUCUAGGUGCGCACGUCGUGUUAGAGAGUGAAUCACUAGCAUUCUUGACCUAUGACGGUGAGCAUCAUCGUAUCGCUAUCGUAUCAAUCCCUGGCUUGGACGAUAAGAUCCGGCUGAGCGCUGGCCUGGACCAUAUGGCAUUCACCUUCAAAACGUUAGACGACCUGGCAACGGCCUAUCUGCAGCGUAAAGCCCACGGCAUACUACCCGUCUGGUGUGUCAAUCACGGACCAACCACGAGCAUGUACUACCAGGACCCCGACGGCAAUGUACUCGAGACGCAAGUAGAUAAUUUCGACAAGGUCGAGGAGUCCACCAAAUUCAUGAUGAGUCCCGAGUUCGUCGAGAACCCUAUCGGCGUUAAUUUCGAUCCAGAGGACCUAAUUAGACGAUUGAAGAGUGGCGAACCAGAAUCGAGUAUUAGAAAACGUCCCAAUAUCGGUCCUCGUGGGAUUGAAGAAGUUCCGCUUAUACAUCUGCCACUACCUGUCGUUAAGGAGGGUCACGGGCUUAUCGAAAGUACUGCUUGAUGCCACGAAUGCAUUUGAAUAGUAUCUAGCCGUUCUAUUUGUUGCCAUGAGAAGAGGAGGUAACAAUGUAAUGGUAAUAAGAAAGAAGCGCAAAAUAGUUCGAGUGAUCGGGGCCGUUUACUCAGUCUCAUUUCCACAAUCAGUCAAUAAACUGCUUGAGAAAAGCAAUCACCU